GUACCCAGCCGGCCAGACCAGCCACCACCACAACCACCACCACCAUAAUCACCAGGCUCCGCUGCCUCCCUCCAUCCCAGUCUCAGUCUCAGUACCAGCACCACCAACACCACAUCCAGAGCCAGCGCCAGAGCCAGACGUUGUUGCGCCUGGGCCACCAGAGCCAGUGACUCGGCCGCUGCCACACCUGUUCCCUCCCACUCGCCCUCCUCCUAUUACUAGUCGACCCGAGAAAUUCGUCGACGACCCUCUUCACCACUACCCUCACGACUCCGUCGCAGCUCACGCUCCACGGUUGCCCAUGGAUGUCGAUAUGUCGACGUCCGACCUUUCGGCCCAGCAGCAGCAGCAGCAGCAGCUCAACCAGCAACAAUCACCACAAAAGUCCGAGUCGCCAUCACAGGCCCAAGGAACCUCUUCCAAUCCCGCUGGUACGAGUCCCAACGCUCAGGGUAGCUCUGCUGCUGCUGCUGCUGCUGCUGCUGCUGCCGCCGCCGCCGCGAACCACUUGAGUUUUCGCAGGCAACGAGCUUCCAGAGCUUGCGAGACAUGUCACGCCCGCAAGGUACGAUGCGACGCCGCGAGCCUCGGCGUUCCCUGCACGAACUGCGUAGCCUUCCAGAUAGAAUGUCGCAUUCCGACCCCUAAGCGCAAGAAGACUACGAAUGCCGGAACGAAUAAGGACUCGGACAGCGAGAAGGGAGAUAAUGCUGAAGAGCGUUCACCGAGAGCUCCCAGUGUUCCUGCGCCAGGACCUGGGACCUUCCCGCCGCGGACACCUGCUGUCUAUCACACCACGGAUGGCACGCCGUCGUCCACCUACACCGAGUUGCAAGCCCGAAAGGAGGAGGUCGACAGUGGCACUUAUCUCAACCUGGUGAUGAAACCAAAGUUCACAAGAGCCCCUAUAACGGAUGCCGGCAGGGUCGCGUACCUAGGAGAGUCGUCCAAUCUGACCUUACUUGUCCAUGACCGACAAGGCUCUUCAGAUGUAGUCCACUAUCCUCUGCCCGAAAAUGUCAGGGGCUCCAGGGCCCGACUGACCGAGCUGGACAAUGUCGAAAUCGAUAUCCUGCACCAGCGCGGUGCCUUCCUACUACCGCCGAGGUCCCUAUGCGACGAACUCAUCGAUUCCUAUUUCAAAUGGAUCCAUCCGAUCGUUCCGGUCAUCAACCGUACCCGCUUCAUGCGGCAGUACCGCGAUCCCAAGAACCCGCCGUCCCUUUUGUUACUGCAGGCUGUGCUGCUGGCCGGCUCGAGAGUCUGCACAAACCCGCAGCUGAUGGACGCCAACGGUUCGACGACGCCCGCUGCCCUGACCUUCUACAAAAGGGCGAAGGCACUCUACGAUGCCAACUACGAGGACGAUCGGGUGACCAUUGUGCAGUCAUUACUGUUGAUGGGAUGGUACUGGGAAGGACCUGAAGAUGUGACCAAGAACGUGUUCUACUGGAGUCGAGUCGCCACCAUCGUCGCUCAGGGUUCCGGAAUGCAUCGAAGUGUUGAGCAGUCACAACUCAGCCGUUCCGACAAGAGGCUGUGGAAACGGAUCUGGUGGACUCUGUUCACACGAGAUAGGUCCGUUGCCGUUGCUCUCGGCCGGCCAGUGCACAUCAACCUCGAUGACUCUGAUGUCGAGAUGCUCACGGAGGAUGACUUUAUCGAGGACGAUGGCGAUCGCAACAGCGAGUACCCCCCGGAUCCCAUACACGUACAGUUCUUCAUGCAGUACGUCAAACUUUGCGAGAUCAUGGGCCUAGUGCUGUCUCAGCAGUACUCGGUAGCUUCCAAAGGACGACAGAGAAACGCCAUCGACUUGACCCAUAGCGAUAUGGCUCUGGCCGACUGGCUCCAAAACUGUCCGAAGAUCGUGUACUGGGAGGUUGCCCGGCAUCACUUUUGGUCAGCCCUGCUGCACUCGAAUUACUACACCACACUGUGCCUCUUACAUAGAGCUCACAUGCCGCCGAAUGGAGGCAGUCGUUUCCCCGACGAUUCUCCAUAUCCUUCACGAAAUAUUGCGUUCCAAGCCGCGGCUAUGAUUACCUCCAUCAUCGAGAACUUGGCAGCGCACGGCGAACUUCGAUUCUGUCCGGCGUUUGUUGUUUACAGCUUGUUCUCGGCCCUGAUCAUGCACGUCUACCAAAUGCGGUCACCGGUCCCAUCGAUUCAGCAGGUGACCCAGGACAGGUUACGAACAUGUAUGCAGGCCCUCAAGGAAGUGUCGCGAGUUUGGUUGGUAGGAAAGAUGGUGUACACCUUGUUCGAGUCCAUCAUAGGAAACAAAGUACUCGAGGAACGGCUGCAGAAGGCUGCGGGCAAGAGGCAUAGGAAAGCGCAACAGGCGCUGGCCCAGCUGGAGCAGCAACAACGCCCGCAGGAUGUCGCCAAGAGGAAGUACGAUGACAUGGCGAUCGACUUCAGCGUCAAUACUCCAACACCUCAAGAGUCCUACGAAAGAUCACGCCCGCAGACUCCCAGCCAUAUGAAGGGCGAUGGAGGCCCUAAUCAGCAGACGAUGCCGCCACCGAUCACAUCACCCAAUGCGAGACAGAACGCAGACACGUUCAUGGGCGGAACCUCCUCUAGGCCACAGACCAGACCAGCGACACCCUUCAACCCUUCAUUCUCAGUGCCGGCCACGCCACCAGACCUCUAUCUUGUUACACGUAACUCACCCAAUAUUUCUCAGUCUUUGUGGGAAAACUUCCAGCCCGACCAGCUUUUCCCAGAUAGCGCAAGUAUGCCAGCAUUCCCACACAUGUCGCCUCCGCCACCGAAUCACCAAGGCCUAGAUGCGGGCCUCAUGGCGCAACUGCAGAAUGGGCAAGGACAGAGCUCCAACAACAAUAGCAGCCUCAACAGCAAUCUCUGGACGGCGAACUUUGACGGCUUGAUGCCGGACGGACAAAGCCCAAGUGACAGCUGGAGUACAGGAUCUGCUCAAGGGCAACCUGUCCCAAACACGCUCAAUGUUGAAGAUUGGUUCCAAUUUUUCGGCAUUAACAACGGCGACCUGGCUAGCAUGAACCUCGAUCUGGGGUUGGGGCCCCAGUAGAGUGAGCAGUAGGGCGAUUUUGCGCAUAUUCCAUUGGCCAUAUCCAUAGUAUUUGCAAUCAAGGUUGACUUACGACUUGCACAUGGCGGGAAGGUGCAUAGCGGAUGUAUCGCCAAAUGAUACCAUCUCGUCACGGGAGCUUCGUAUUUACUUAGUAGCAUGUGUGGGAAAAGUCGGGACAUUCCUGGGCGAGUGACCUAAGCA